CUGAGCGGCUAGUCGAUCCCUGUGUCGCUCAGUGCUCGGAGAGUUACGCGAGUUCACCCUGGCAUCUUUCUGCAACCCGAACCCGAGAUUUUGGAGCUUUUACUGUUUACUGAAUGCUCUCUACAUGCCUAUUGCAUGGAUUGAAGACCAGCGUCUCUUCUGAAGGAGGGGAAGACUCCAGAACUGUCGCUUUCUUGAAUCCUGACCCCCGUUGCUUCUGACAUUCCCAAUUUCCAGUGCAACCGACACGCUCUCCAAAAAACUUGAGCCAUGCCCUGCGUUCAGGCUCAGUAUGGAUCUUCACCCCAAGGCGCCAGCCCCGCUUCCCAGAGCUACAGCUACCAUGCCGCCGGAGAAUACAGCUGCGACUUCCUAACCCCCGAGUUCGUGAAGUUUAGCAUGGACUUGACCAACACUGAGAUCACAGCUACCACGUCUCUACCCAGCUUCAGCACGUUCAUGGACAACUACAACACCGCAGGCUACGACGUCAAGCCGCCCUGCCUCUACCAGAUGCCGCAUUCUGCAGAGCAGUCGGCCAUCAAGGUGGAGGAGGUCCAGAUGCACAGCUACCACCACCACCAGCACCACCAGCAGAGCCACCUGCCGCCCCAGUCGGACGAGCUCAUGGCCCACUCCGGGCCCGUGUACUUCAAGCCCUCCUCGCCACACGCCCCCAGCACGCCAAACUUCCAGGUCCAACACAACCACAUGUGGGAGGACCCGGGCUCCCUGCACAGCUUCCACCAGAACUACGUCGCGGCCUCGCACAUGAUGGAGCAGCGGAAGAACCCGGUGUCGCGGCUCUCGCUCUUCUCCUUCAAGCAGUCCCCCCCCGGCACGCCCGUCUCCAGCUGUCAGAUGCGCUUCGACGGCCCGCUGCACGUGUCGAUGAACCACGACAACCCGGGAGCGCACCGGUCGCACAUGGACGGCCAGAGCUUCGCGGUGCCGAGCGCUAUAAGGAAACAGGCCGCGCUGGCCUUCCCGCACUCCCUGCAGCUGGGCCACGGACACCAGCUGAUGGACAGCCAGGUCCCGUCGCCCCCGUCCCGCGGAUCCCCGUCCAAUGAGGGGCUGUGCGCCGUGUGCGGGGACAACGCCGCGUGCCAACAUUACGGGGUUCGGACCUGCGAGGGCUGCAAAGGGUUCUUCAAGCGAACCGUUCAGAAAAACGCUAAAUAUGUCUGCUUAGCGAAUAAAAACUGUCCUGUUGACAAACGCCGGAGAAACCGCUGCCAGUACUGCCGCUUCCAGAAGUGCCUCGUUGUGGGGAUGGUGAAAGAAGUUGUGCGGACGGCCAACCUCAAGGGCCGGAGAGGCCGCCUGCCGUCCAAACCCAAGAGCCCCCAGGAGCCUUCCCCCCCCUCGCCGCCCGUCAGCCUCAUCAGCGCGCUGGUCAGGGCGCACGUUGACUCGAACCCUUCCAUGUCGGCCCUGGACUAUUCUCGGUUCCAAGCCAACCCGGACUACCACCUGAGCGGGGACGACACCCAGCACGUCCAGCAGUUCUACGACCUGCUCACGGGCUCCAUGGAGAUCAUCCGCGGCUGGGCCGAGAAGAUCCCCGGCUUCUCAGACCUCACCAAACCAGACCAGGACCUGCUCUUCGAGUCGGCCUUCCUGGAGCUCUUCGUGCUGCGGCUGGCCUACAGGUCCAACCCGGUGGAGGGGAAGCUGAUCUUCUGCAACGGGGUGGUGCUGCACCGGCUGCAGUGCGUCCGGGGCUUCGGCGAGUGGGUGGACGCCAUCGUGGAGUUCUCCUCCAACCUACAGAGCAUGAACAUCGACAUCUCCGCCUUCUCCUGCAUCGCGGCGCUCGCCAUGGUUACAGAGCGACACGGUCUCAAGGAACCCAAGAGGGUGGAAGAUCUCCAGAACAAGAUCGUGAACUGUCUCAAAGACCAAGUGACAUUUAAUGGCGGUGGAUUGAAUCGUCCGAACUACUUGUCAAAACUGUUGGGGAAACUCCCGGAACUGCGCACACUAUGUACUCAAGGUCUGCAGCGUAUCUUUUACUUAAAGCUUGAAGACCUGGUCCCCCCGCCGGCGAUCAUUGACAAACUUUUCCUUGACACACUACCUUUCUGAGCCAUCCGGCACUUAGGCGGCAUAAUGCCGAGACUUCAACGAACUUCCAAAGACUGUUUGGGUCAGCUUGACAGAUUUCUAAAACAUGGCUUAUUCUGAAUAUUUGCAGCUUUGUAGAGACAACCACUACCGUAUUAAGCGUAAGGAUCCAUAAAAAACAAAGAGGAUGGAAUGACAUGACGAAUCCUAUUAGAUUUUCCGUGUAUUCCCUCUAAAUUAUCGUGAGUGCGUAAUGAAGGAAACGGGGGAGGGGGGGCUCUUUCUCCGAUGGACCUUUUGUCCCCCCAAAAAAACUCAAUCCGGUCUUACUUUAUUUAGCCUAGGCCUACUGUUGGUUUAUUAUCAGCUCCACUGAUCCAUUAUAGUCAGAUGUAAUAUAUUCAUUCACAUUUAUAUAUACACAUACUGUAUAUUGCGAUAGAUUAUGUGAUGCGACCCAUGCAUCAAUUUAUAACGUGUAUAAAGUUUGUAAUAAUGACAAAAAAAACUUUUUUUCAUUUUCUUUUCAUGACUGGUGCCUGUGUGUUUUUGUCAGGACGCCCGGUGUGGAAGUCUUCAGAAAUGACGCAUGUGGUAGUUUGAUAGGCACUUGGAGAGGUGGUGUCUAUACACAUUAUAUUCCGGACACUAUGUAGUCUCAUAGAUUUGAUACAGAUUCGUAGUACUGGCACACCUUUUAUGUAAAACGCGUAUGUGGAGUUGAUCUCAUCUGUAUAGAAAAAGAGGGAGCCAUGAUGUUUGUAAAGCUGUCAGACAUUCCUUGUUUGUAUGUGUUGUAAGUAUUGUUGCUGUUGAAUAUAAACGUUUCUAUAUAUUUAUUAUUUAUAUUGCCAAAAGCUACGUUAAGCAUGGUGCAAUUUAAAACGAUUUAAACCCACCCAGUUCAUGCUGAGCACGUUGUCUAUGUUUUAUGUCUUAUAGACGUCGAGGGGAUUAUAAUUUUCCGAUUUGGAGAGCGUCAUAUUUCAUAACUUCAUGAGUGUGAUGGGCCUACAUCUUUGCCAUGACGCUGUAUUAAAACGAUUACAACGCAUUUGGUGCCGAAAUCCGAAAAGUUUAGAGAUAAAGAAAUAUUUAAUGUUUACAAAUAAAACUUUUAAAUCAGUA